UAGUAUUAGUAUCCUUGAUUCCCUUCACAUCUCAACAUGGUAAUGUAGACCCAUCCCACUGCACUGAACAACAUUGUCCCUUUUAGCUUAUCCUUUUCCUCCAUGUCUUCUCUUUUCUAAUAACUCUGAAUAUAGUUCUUAAGAUUUUUGCACACCACAAAGAUUAAGAUUCCAAUUCUUAUCCUCUCAAAAUUAAUUAAGGCUUCAUUAUUUUCUUUGAAAUUACUGGUAAUACUGGAGCUUGCUACACCAUUGCUACUUCCAAGCUAUUACAAACUAUUAAGACAGGUCAUUGGUGUAAAUUAGAGUGAAGAAAGAGUAAUUGAUUAAAAAAAGGAGAUAGAAGAAGAGAUGAGAAUUGGUGUUGUAGGUGGAGGAAUAAGUGGACUAGGUGCAGCAUAUGAGCUUGCAAAAGCUGGAGUUAAUGUGGUGUUGCACGAGAAAGAAGAUUAUUUAGGUGGCCAUGCCAAAACCGUUCAUUUUGAUGGCAUUGACUUGGAUCUUGGUUUCAUGGUUUUUAAUCGGGUCACAUAUCCAAACAUGAUGGAGCUGUUUGAAAGCCUCGGCAUUGAAAUGGAGCUCUCUGAUAUGUCAUUUUCUGUAAGCUUAGAUAAAGGCCGAGGAUGCGAAUGGGGAAGCAGAAAUGGCUUAAGAGGUUUGUUUGCACAGAAAGCUAAUGCAGUCAAUCCAUAUUUCUGGAAGAUGAUCCAGGAAAUAAUCAAGUUCAAAAAUGAAGUUAUAAUGUACCUUGAAGAGCUUGAGAAUAACGCAGAUAUAGACCGUACUGAAACUCUUGGCCAUUUUAUCAAGUCAAGAGGUUACUCUGAGCUGUUUCAGAAGGCUUAUCUUGUUCCAAUGUGUGCUUCAAUCUGGUCUUGUCCUUCAGACACAGUCAUGAACUUUUCUGCUUUCUCCAUUCUUUCCUUCUGUCGCAACCAUCACUUGCUGCAGUUGUUUGGCCGUCCACAAUGGCUUACUGUGAAAGGGAGAUCGCACUGUUAUGUAAGUAAGGUUAGGGAGGAGCUGGAAGUUAGAGGAGUACAAGUUAAAACCAGUUGUGAGGUGCAGUCUGUUUCAACUAGUGAUGAAGGUUGUACCUUGUCAUGUAGUGAUGGCUCAAACGAGGUAUACGAUAAAUGCAUUAUAGCCGUUCAUGCUCCAGAUGCCAUAAGAAUACUCGGAAAAGAAGCAACCUAUGAUGAAACUACUAUACUGGGUGCUUUCCAAUAUGUCUACAGUGAUAUAUUCCUCCAUCGUGAUAAAACUUUCAUGCCUCAAAAUCCAGCAGCAUGGAGUGCGUGGAAUUUUCUGGGAACUAUGGACAGUAAACUAUGUUUAACAUACUGGCUAAAUGUACUACAGAAUAUUGAGGAGACCAAUCUGCCUUAUCUUGUGACUCUAAAUCCACCUCAUCAACCAGAAAAUGUGCUGCUCAAAUGGAGAACUGGUCAUCCUGUACCCUCUGUUGCAGCAACAAAGGCUUCCGUUGACCUUGAUAAUGUUCAAGGAACAAGAGGAAUAUGGUUUUGUGGAGCAUAUCAAGGUUAUGGUUUCCAUGAAGAUGGGUUAAAGGCAGGAAUGAUUGCUGCUCAAGGACUUCUUGGAAAAAGCUUCAACAACAUCCUAACAAACCCGAAACAGAUGGUAGCUUCUCUGACAGAAGCAGCAGCUUGCAUCUUCGUAACGAGAUUUCUCAGCAACUUUAUUUCUGCUGGAUGUUUGACUUUAUUGGAGGAGGGUGGCACCAUUUUGACAUUUGAAGGGUCAAGCAAAAGUUGUCCUUUGAAAGUUGCAUUAAGAAUUCACAGCCCCCAGUUUUACUGGAAGGUUGCCAAAGAAGCAGACUUAGGCCUAGCAGAUGCAUAUAUUAAUGGAGAUUUCUCAUUUGUUGACAAAAAUGAAGGUCUUCUGAACCUUUUUAUGAUCUUUAUUGCUAGCAGAGAUUUAAAUUCCUCUGCUACACUGGUUAACAAAAAGAGGGGUUGGUGGACACCAAUGCUUUUUACUGCUGGUAUUGCCUCUGCAAAAUAUUUUUACUAUCAUGUUUCUAGGCAAAAUACACUAACACAAGCUCGCCGGAAUAUUUCUCGCCAUUAUGACUUGAGUAAUGAUAUGUUUUCCCUGUUUUUGGAUGAGACAAUGACAUACUCUUGUGCUGUCUUUGAGUCUGAAAAUGAAGACUUGAAAGUUGCUCAAAUGAGAAAAAUCUCUCUUCUACUGGAAAAGGCCAGGGUAGAGAAACAUCAUGAGGUGCUUGAGAUUGGUUGUGGUUGGGGUAGCCUAGCUAUUGAAGUUGUGAAGAGAACAGGAUGCAGAUAUACAGGCAUUACUCUUUCAGAAGAGCAACUGAGAUAUGCAGAGGAAAGGGUAAAAGAGGCUGGCUUGCAGGAUCGCAUAAGGUUUCUUCUCUGUGAUUAUCGUCAAUUGCCAGAUGUCCACAAGUAUAAUAGAAUUAUCUCCUGCGAGAUGUUAGAAGCUGUAGGACACGAAUACAUGGAGGAGUUUUUCCAAUGCUGCGAGUCCCUACUGGCAGCUAAUGGCCUACUCAUUCUUCAGUUCAUUUCUAUACCAGAUGAACGAUAUGACGAAUACAGGAGAAGCUCAGAUUUUAUUAAGGAAUACAUUUUCCCAGGUGGGUGUCUACCGUGCUUGAGCCGAGUAACAUCAGCCAUGGCUGCUGCAUCUAGACUUUGUGUGGAGCACAUAGAAAAUAUUGGAAUACACUACUAUAAAACACUCAGAUGCUGGCGUAAAAAUUUUCUGGAACACCAGAGCAAAAUUCAUUAUUUGGGAUUUGAUGAGAAGUUCAUUAGAACAUGGGAAUACUAUUUUGACUACUGUGCAGCAGGAUUCAAGACACGGACACUAGGAAACUACCAGAUUGUUUUUUCACGACCUGGAAAUCUCGCUUCAUUUGGUGGUGCAUAUGCAGGCACACCCACACUCCUUUGAUCAUCGUAUAAGCGUUCCCCAGACCUCGCGGUCGUGGGUACAUCAGCUGGUUGUUUACGGCAAAUUUUGGUUUGACAUCUCGAAAAGCAUUACCAUUGCUAUGAUUCAGGGGAGUGGAAAUUCUUUGUGUUGCAUUCAUUGAUUGAUCGAACAAACGAAUUAACAGUUAUAGCAUAUGAAGUCCUUGAUUUUUUUCUGUA